AUGUCUGCACCAUCACCAGACUCUCUAGAGGCUCGCCUCGCCUAUGAGCCGCAGGUCUUGAAGUUCGGCACAAGCGGUCGACGUGGCUUGAUCAUUCAUUUGACUCAACUGGAGAUCUACACCAAUGUCCUGGGUGAGAUCCGCUACCUUCAGAAAAUCCCUGUUUCCGAAGGUGGUAUUGAAGUUGGUGACGACUUCUACUACGCAUACGAUCUUCGUCCCAGUUCAAUUGGCUAUGUUGACCCUAACCGCGGGGGUCUGUGCCAAGCCGUGGAGCAGGCUCUGCGAGAUGGCGGCAUGCGUCCUAUCAGUCUAGGCGCGAUCCCCACACCUGCCCUGACGCUUUUUGCCUUACAGCGAGCCAAGGGAAGUAUUAUGGUCACUGGUAGCCAUAUUCCUUUCGAUCGCAAUGGCUACAAGCUCAACACCUCCAAGGGAGAGUUGUUGAAGAAGGACGAGCAGCCUAUCAAUGAGUCUGUUGAAGUUACUCGUGUUCAGCUCCUGGCUCAGCCAUUCGCUGAGUCUCUUUUCACUGAGCAGGGCAUGCUCCGCAGUGCCACUUCUACUCUUGUUCCCGCCAUUCCCGAGGGUAAGAGUUCUUACAUUCAGCGAUACGUCGACUUCUUCAAGGGCGAUUCCCUGCAGGGAAUGAAGUUGCUUGUUUACCAGCACUCUGCCGUUGGCCGUGAUCUUCUUGUUGAGUUGUUCAAGCUUCUCGGCGCGGAGGUCGUCCCAGCUGGACGCAGUGAGACCUUUGUCCCCAUCGAUACUGAGGCUAUCGACCAAGCCCAGCUGGAUACAGUUCAGGCUCUUUACGACAGCACAGGCCAGAGUUUCGAUGCGGUCCUGUCCACAGAUGGAGACAGCGAUCGUCCCCUUCUUCUCGCACCCCAGGAUGGCAAGCUCCGCUUCUUCAGUGGCGACUUGCUGGGUAUGGUUGUUGCCGAGUUCCUGGGUGCCGACGCCGUAGUCGUGCCCAUCAGUACCAACGAUGCUAUUGACCGAGGUGCUCUGGCCACUGCUACCGAGCCCAAGACAAGAAUCGGUAGCCCCUAUGUCAUUUCCGGCAUGCAGGACGCCGUCUCCAAGGGACGUAGCCGUGUCCUUGGCUGGGAGGCGAACGGUGGAUUCCUCACAGGAUGUGACAUCGAAUUGGACGGCAAGAAGCUUCAAGCCCUCCCUACCCGCGAUGCAGUUCUUCCUCUGCUUUCUGUUCUUUUCGCAUCUCGCAAGCGUCAGACCACCAUCCCGGCUCUUUUCACAUCUCUUCCGGCCCGUUUCAGUCGCGCGUCCGUUAUCCGAAACUUCCCUCGCCCGACAAGUGCGAAGAUUGUGCAGCGCUUCUCACCUACCGACAAGUCUAUCCAGUCUAUUCGUUAUGAUGAUAACAGUGUGAGCCCUCUUGAUCCCAACGGAAACAAGAUCGACUCUCCUGCCUCAGAACUCGAGCACUUUUCCCAGAUCCGCGAUCAACUCCAGAAGGUCUUCUCCUCUUCAGCCGGCUUUACCCCGAUCAAGAUGGUGAACUACACCGACGGAGUCCGUGUCACUUUCCAAAAUGGCGAUGUCGCUCAUAUCCGACCUUCUGGUAAUGCGGAUGAGCUCCGUAUCUACUCUGUUGGCGAUAACCAGGCUCGUGCCGAUGAGAUCUGUGAUCAGGGUAUUGCCGAGCCUAACGGUCUUUUGCGACAGCUGGCUGCUAUGAUCUAA